AUGAACAUAAAAUAUCAAAUACAUUUUUUUAUAGCCACUAUAUUAGCUAUAUGGCGGAAUGUUGAAUGUAAACAUUAUAUAGGAAGAUCGACGUCUAAAAUCGCGUCGAACACCAAAAUUACCAGCAAAGGGGUUAAUAAAGGAAAUAGUCCAAAAAGGAGACUAAUAUUUGGAGUAUUGGGAAGUUUGUUAUCACCAGUGAUAACGCCCUUAGUGAAGGGGAUUGGCGAUAUGAUAAAUCCGCAGCCACCACCAGAACCCCCUAACAUGGAUACCUUAGUGGCAAAUGUCGGAGAUGCUAUAACAAAAAAACUCUCAGAACAAAAAAAGAAACGCAGAAAAGAUGAGUCUGACAAUAGUGAAGAUGAAGAUGAAGAAAAUGAAGAAAGUGAUGACGAUGAUGAUGGAAAUGCCAGUGGAGCAGAUGCCGGAGAUGAUUAG